CUCCCUGUCCCGCUGUCUGCGGCCGGCGGGCAGGCGACUCCUGUCCCGAGUGGAGGCGGCGGAACCGGAGCCGGGGGGAGGGGGCAGCGGCUGAUUGAAGGACCGCGGCGGCGUCCGCAGCUCCUCACCGCAGCACCCCCACUACAGGCUCGAGGAGCUUUCCGGAGCUUCCCACACUUCUGGGGAGAAGACUUCUUAGCCAGCUUGAUGUUUAAAAUUCAGCUGGAACCCUUAAAACUUCGAGCGUGGACGCUGAAUGGGUUUGUAAAGUUUCGAAACAAGGAGCCCAGCACCGGUCCAGUGGCUGUGAUGGGAAAAGAUUAUUACAAGAUUCUCGGAAUCCCAUCAGGGGCCAAUGAGGAUGAGAUCAAGAAAGCCUAUCGGAAAAUGGCCUUGAAAUACCACCCAGACAAGAACAAAGAACCCAACGCUGAGGAGAAGUUUAAGGAGAUUGCUGAGGCCUAUGACGUGCUGAGUGACCCUAAGAAACGGAGCCUGUAUGACCAGUAUGGGGAGGAAGGCCUCAAGACCGGCGGUGGCACGGCAGGUGGUUCCAGUGGCUCCUUUCACUACACCUUUCAUGGGGACCCUCAUGCCACCUUUGCUUCCUUCUUUGGUGGCUCCAACCCCUUCGAUAUCUUCUUUGCCAGCAGCCGCUCCACUCGGCCCUUCAGUGGCUUUGACCCAGAUGACAUGGAUGUGGAUGAAGAUGAGGACCCAUUUGGUGCCUUUGGCCGCUUUGGCUUCAAUGGGCUGAGUAGGGGUCCGAGGCGAGCCCCAGAACCACUAUACCCCCGACGCAAGGUGCAGGACCCCCCUGUGGUGCACGAGCUUCGGGUGUCCCUGGAGGAGAUCUACCACGGCUCUACUAAGCGCAUGAAGAUCACAAGACGGCGCCUCAACCCUGAUGGGCGAACUGUGCGCACUGAGGACAAAAUUCUGCACAUCGUCAUUAAGCGUGGCUGGAAGGAAGGUACCAAGAUCACCUUCCCCAGAGGCGAUGCCACACCUGACAACAUCCCAGCCGACAUUGUCUUCGUGCUCAAAGACAAGCCUCAUGCACACUUCCGCCGAGAUGGCACCAAUGUGCUCUACAGUGCACUGAUCAGCCUCAAGGAGGCGCUGUGUGGCUGCACUGUGAACAUUCCCACCAUUGAUGGCCGAGUGAUCCCUUUGCCCUGCAAUGAUGUAAUCAAGCCAGGCACCGUGAAGAGACUCCGUGGGGAGGGUCUCCCCUUCCCCAAGGUGCCCACUCAGCGGGGAGACCUCAUUGUUGAGUUCAAAGUUCGAUUCCCAGACAGAUUAACACCACAGACACGGCAGAUUCUUAAGCAGCACCUACCCUGCUCCUAGACUGCCCUGGCGAGUCUGGAGCCUACCACAGCAAUACCCCCACACACACCCCAUCUCAUGUGGACCUGGCUGGGUGUCCAUGGGACACUGGCACUUUUCUAAAAUGCAAAAAAGCCACUGAUUGUCAGGAAAAUGUUCCUGUCCCCAACCCCUUUCAGAGCUGGGCCGCUUUGGGGGAAUGGGAGGGAGGUGGGGAGAGCUAGCCCAGGCCAGGGGUCAAUUUUCUGUCACUAGCUUUGAAUCCAGUCCCUACUCCAGUGGCUGGAGAGUGACUUGAGUGCUACUUGAAGAUAUA